AUGAAAAAAAGUGAUAUCACAUAUUUACUAUUCAAGGCAAUUUGGAGUUUGGUAGCGGUAGCUACAGCGAGACCUGAAGCCGGAUACAGUUAUAGCGCUCCUAGUGGUCCUAGUGCUUCUGGAGGUGGAUAUCCUUCUGGACCAUCACCGCAAUACGGACCUCCACAAGCCGCGCCCGUUGUACAAAAACACGUGUACGUUCACGUACCUCCACCGGAAACCGAUAUACCAGCUCCCAGGAAGCCAAUUACUGUAGCUCCCCCACAAAAACAUUACAAAAUCAUUUUCAUUAAGGCUCCAACACCACCGACUCCCACAGCACCGAUAAUUCCCGCUCAACCACAAAACGAAGAAAAAACUUUGGUCUACGUUUUGGUCAAAAAACCAGAACCCGAACCUGAAAUAGUCAUCCCGACACCAGCACCGACUCAACCCAGCAAACCUGAAGUAUACUUCAUCAGAUACAAGACCCAGAAGGAAGAAGGCGGUUAUCCUGCUAGCGGAACUCCAGAUACCUCCUAUGGAGCUCCAUCUGCUGGUCCUUCUAGCGAAUACGGCGCUCCAAGGACGUUCUAA